ACAAGAUACUUAAAUCUUGCAGAUAUUAUGAAAAACUUGGAUAAUAUUAGUAGUAUGUACCAAUAUUUAAACGAAACUCUCUGACAUAAAAAAAAGAAGUUACUACCCUCCGUCCCUCUCAUAACUCAAGCAAUCGCCAGAAGAAACCAAUCAAGGGUCUGCGUAUCUCUUCUCAGUCGUGAAACCAGAUUCCCUUAAUAUCUGGAGGAGGUGGCGGUUAGAGGAUUAUGGCCCUAGAUGGCGUAGAAGAGGCGGACUAUGAGAGCGACCCCGAGGAACUGAAGCGCUCCUUGGCUGCAAGGAGGAGAGAAGCUAGCGAUGAUGAGGAUGAGAACCGUGGAGAAAAAAUUCAGAGUGCUGACAUCGAUUCCGAUCAAUCCGAUGAACAGAGUGCCAUCGUGGAGUUUGAUGACGAUGCAGAUGAAGGAUUGCACAUAGAAGGUGACGAUAGCUAUGAUGAAGAGGAUGAAGAGGAGGAGGGUGAUUAUGGAGAAGUUGAUGACAACAACAUGGAAUACAAGACGACAAGUGUUGCUGGCGAGGCUGAGCCUAAGGGAGUGGAAGCUGAGACGGAGGACUCUGUUGUGGAUGGAGAAGAACCAAAGCAGAAGGAGCCUUUUGCUGUGCCAACUGCUGGAGCUUUUUAUAUGCAUGAUGACAGGUUUCAGGAGAUGGAUACUGCCCCAAAUAGGCGAAUGCGUGGUGGUAGGAGGCUCUGGCCAUCCCGAGAUGAAAGAAAAUGGGGACAUGACAAAUAUGAUGAGAUGAAUACACAAGAAAAGCAAUAUGAUAAGAGGAGUUCGAGAGGCCAAGCCAGAGGACGUGGUCAGGGUAGGGGUCAGGAGCAUGGAUAUUCUCGAGGGAGUAAUUCUAAAGUGUUUACCAACAAUGGACACCAAAAUCAGUAUCCUAAGGCUGUCACAAGAGGGAGAGGGCCCAGACGAAAUGAGGUCGCUUUGAGAAAGGGCACUCAAGCCCCUUCUGUGCAAACCAAACUGUCCCAGAAUUCGUUUGUGAAAGUGUCACACGUUGAUUCAGGACGUGCACCAACAGAAACAGACAUCAUAGAGACUGAAGCCAGGAUAAAUGUAGUUGCUUCGAGUUUAAACUCAGCUUCUCCUCCAUUCUAUCCUUCAGGUUCCUCCAGUAACUUGGCACAAAAGGAUUUACAAGCAGGCAUGGGUAGACUGCACGUUAAUGGAAGCCCUACGCCGUCUGGAAAGAAGUUUGGGAAUGCAAAAUCUAGCACUGCGUGGGUACGCACUACCCCUUCUCAGACUACUAGUCAAGGUAGAGGUGCUCCUCCCCCUGGGAAAGUGCUUAAUCAAGGUGAUAAUGUUUCUUCGCCUAUGCAAAUCCGGGGAAUGCCAAAAGAGUCAGCCACAGAAACUGGUGUUUUACUGGCCCAGGGAAAAAGGGCUCUCCAGCCUAAUGGAAGGGGAUCUUUUAUGUAUGGAGGGACACAAUUUAUGGGUCCAGACGGUGGCAUGGCAGCUGGUCAUGGCAAUCCCAAUUUCCCUGCUUUUCUACCUGUCAUGCAAUUCGGUGGCCAGCACGGUGGUGUUCCGACCUUUGGAAUGGCUCUUCCAGGAUAUGUCCAACCAGAACAUGGUACUGGAAAUCCCGAGAUGACAUGGCUGCCAAUUUUGACUGGCCCGGGAGCAUUGGGGGCUUCAUAUCCUCCACCUUAUGCUGCAAUUGAAGGUUCUUACCAAGCACACAAACCAGGAUUACCUUCCUCUACAGGAUCCUCCAGCCAAGAGAACAGUUCGAAUAACCCUAAUGUUGAAGAGAAACCCAUGGAGAGAACUGAGGCUAAAAACAAUGGGACAGGACAACGGUCGAACAGCAACCCAAACAAGCAGCCUCGUAGAUACUCGGAGAUGAGCUUAAGCAAGUGAGUGCGCGUUGUAAAGAAGGCAAAAAGGACCCCUCUUGUUAUAAUAAGUAGAGAAAGGAGGUUUGCGAGAGAGAUCCUCCUUUGCUGCAGGUUUCUGUUGCUUCUCCACGCUGGCUAUGCGGAGCACUUUGGGCUGCUAUUGUUGCCGAUUUUUCUAGGAGGUGGUUGUGCCUUAAAAGGAGUUUUUUCUUUUGUUGAGAUUUGAGCUGUAGCUUCCUUGUUCAUCUGUAAUGUCUAUUAUUUUGUUGCUUUUGCUUGAUUUGUAAUGUUGAUAUUUGUUUUGUUUUUUCGUGGUCUUAAUACUUAUUUAAGGUUCUGUCUGUGUACGCAGUACGCGAACUCCCGCGCCCAUUUUGUGUUUAUGAUCAUUUUGGAAUUUGAUUAGUA